AACUGUAGUGCUGACUGUGUCCCACCAUGUUCUUACUCUUGGACUUGGGGAAAUGAAACCAUCAGUUCAACCUCUGUGUUAGCACUGGAGAACAUGCAACAGGACAAUGAAGGAGAGUACACGUGUACAGCGACCAACACAUUUACAUCGCAGUUUGACAAUGAAACAUUCGAAUUGACUGUUCUCGAUCCAGAACGCAUGUCUUCCACCUUAAGUGCAGGUGCUAUAUCAGGAAUUGUGAUUGCUGUUUUACUGGCCCUUGCUAUUCCUACUGUUUGGAUAGUCUAUUCGAGAAGACUAAAGAAGAAAGCUGUAGAUGGGCAGAUCGAAAAGCAAGCUGACAUUCCUGCAGUUGUCCGAAACUAGUACCCGAAUACGGAAGACAAAAUGACGCUAAUGCUAGAUCCUAACAGGAAUUGUGUUUGAUUCGCGUGAAACUGUAUCAGUAAACAUGCUUAAGUGAAAUGUAUAUGUUGUUGGGCUUUGUUGGUUGUGUUGUUGGGGUUGGCGUUUUUUUUUUAUUUAUAGGUUUUUUUUUCUUCUUUUUGUCGUGUUUUAUUUUGUUACAGAUUUUGUUACCUUCCAGUAUUUUAUAUUUGGUCCUUUCUUGAAAUAAAAUUGUUGCACAAAUUAGACAAAAGUUGCAGUAUCGUAGUUAGAAGUACAGUGUUUCACUAAUUUAACAUUUAGUUGUCAAAAAUAGCUAUAGUUUGUUUGCAUCAAA